CAGUUGAGCCUGAGCCUGCUACUGGUGAAGGGUCUUAGACAUCGCGUUGAGGACAUUUAUGACUACCAUGGUUAUUUCCCAAGUCCAUCGGUAAGGCAAGUGUUGGAUUUACUCACAUCUCGUUCACCAAAGAUUUGUGCAAUCUAAUGUUUUCAAGCCCUGUCGGGAUCAUGUGGGUGGUGAACAUCAGUCUGUCUGUGGAGAGAAUCAAUUAUAGCUUCUGGAUCGAAGACAUGUUUAGAGAGAAAACUGGAAAACAUCAGAGACUUUCCCUAUGUCCUAACAUUAUAACCCCAGACAUUAUCCCAGAGUUUUCUGUCCCACCUAAGAUCACAUCUUUCCGGGAGGUGAAGGGUACAGCGUCGAGUUGCAAGGCCCCCAUCAUCAAAGUAUCCCUGUGUGAGCAAAAGAGGGGGAGCCCCAAAAGUGAAGCCUCAGCAGAAGAGUUCACUAUUAGCCCACACAUCAUCCAGGUGGAGACUGUUCACGUGGGCCAUAACUGUAGUGAUGAGACUACCAAUGCAGACCCUAACAGUCAGGCAGCACUCUCCCUGCACCACAUUGCCAAAGCCCAUACCUGCUAUGGCUUCUGUACCCUGCUGGAGAGUCCACAUACCAGGAGGAAAGAGUCUCUGUUCCACACUGAUCCAGGCUCCUGUGGUAUACCACUUCUGCUUCCCAGGAGCAGGUCCUACACUUGCUCCAGGGUCUCCCCGUUUACCUUCCCAUCUUCCUCCCCUUGCUCAUUUAGUCUCCACACCCUCAGCCCCAGAGGUUAUAUCCUUCACAGAAAGAGCAACCUAGACAGUGACACCAAAUCAACUGAGUUCUCCCCGUUCACUUCCCCAUGCCUGAGGAGGUCCCCACCUGAGUCUGCCCUGUUGAAAACAUUCAAUUAUAAAAGGCUUCUCCCCAGAAACAUACGGAAGACUGCGGUGUCCAGAAACAACUCGCUGUUGACCGACGGCAUACAUGAUCACAGCCGGAAUGUCAUUGGGUGGACAUCAGGGGGCUUUUCACCAAGCUUCUGUCUGGUUUCUGCCUCAAUAUUCCCUAUAGACUUGGUUCUCCACAGGGAAAGGGUGAUGGCGGAGAGCGUGGUCCCUAUUGGGAAGGACGGCACCCUGCGACUCGCCACAGAAUACAGUCCUGAAAAUCGGAGACUGCGGGUGCGACUCAUCAAUGUUGAGGGCCUUUACACCUGGACGGUGGACCCUAAAAGGAUCAACUGCAGUGUCAGCCUUUCCCUGGUGCCUGGAAAGUCCCAGAAGCAGCGCAGCACAGUCAUCAGGGAGAGGCAUAACCCUGUCUUUAAUGAGGACUUCUUCUUUGAUGCCAUCUUUGAGAAGGACCUAUGUCAACGGUCCCUGAGAUUUAAAGUUGUCAACAGCAUUUCUACUUUGAAAAUAAUCUGUAUUCUUGGGGAUGCUGAGCUUCCGCUUACAAGCAUUUUUAAUUCAUAAGUUAGUCAUUCACCUGUACACUGUAAGCACUGGUUAUAUACGGAAUCUAUUAAAUCACUUGGAGUGUUUGUCUUUAUUAAUAGGGAAAGAUGUAAACAUGUCAUGUGCCAAUUUGAAAACUCACUGCCUCUUAUUUCCUCUAGCCCUGUAGUUUUGAUUAUCAGGAAUAAACAGAAAACCUACUGGACAAUGCAAUAAAUUGCCUAAUUUAACAGUACUAAUAGGUAGUCUGUAAAAGCAUUUUCACAUGCAAUUUUUCAGAAAGAUAUGAAUUAAUUCUAAAAUGAACAGAAAGUACCACCCAUCUUUGAAUUGAGCUGGGCCCUGUUUAUGCACUAUUUCUUCUGAAAAACUUGAAAAGCUUUAAGAGGUUUAAUUGGUCAGGGCACCAACACAUUGAUCCAAAAUCGAACUAGAAAUAAGUUAUAGUCAAGUCACUAAAUCUCGAGUCCUAGGUCCUCGAUGCUCUAAUCAAGUUUGAGACCCCGUUUGUCAGCAAAGUUUUAAAUAUAACAAUGGAUCUGCAGCAAAUAGUUAAUGACUCUCUUCAAUCAGGCAUUUUCCCAAUGUCACUAAAAACAGCUGCCAUUAAGCCUUGAUUAAAAAAGAAAACACUGGAUGCAUCUAUAUUGAACAAAUAUAGACCUGUUUCAAAUAACCCUUUUAUAGCCAAGAUCAUUGAAAGGUUGUCUUUAAUCAACUCAGCAAUGUUGAGAACUCAAGCGGUCUUUUAAAGAACUAGAUGACUCGGUCAGUGCAUCGCCCAAACUGCAGCCCUUGUGGGGUGUUCAUCAAAAGUGGUCCAAGGAAGGAAAAGCGGUGAAACGGCAACAGGGACAUGCAGAGCACACCCCUACCGGUAUAUCGCUACACUCCUAAUUCCCCUUUGCAAAGCGCACAUCUAACCACCGCACUAUGAAGUCCUGUAGGCUACUGUGGAAAAUACAUCUUUACUAACAUUAAACAUGUGAUAUUUAUUCCUGACCAGUAGGUGGCGCCACUGUAUAUUGAGUUCAAAAGCCUCGAGACAAUGAACCGUUUUUCAGCCCAUUUGGACAAAAGCCUUGAAUGCUUCAGAAAGCCUUGAUUUUUCCAUCACUACUAAAAACAAAAGUGCACCACCAACCGAGAACCGCAAUGUCACACAGCACACACAAACAAUGAUCCACAUAAAGUGGACAGAAACCUAAACUUAAAAAGAAUGUAGUGAUGAGACCAGGGUGAACCUUUCAAAAUGGGAAGGCAAACGUUUUGAGAUACUACAGAGGAUUCAAAGCAUACCACCUCAACAAGCAACCGCUCAAAAUGGCUACAGUAAAGGCUUGGCAAAGCAUCUCAAAGGAUAAUACAAACACUUUAGUGUUGCAUGCAAGGGAUAUGAAAUGAAUACAAGCUUUUAUGUUCCUUAUAUUUGUUUUAAUUUGAAUUGUCCCAAUACUUAUGCUCGUAUGAAAUGGGAGGGUUGAACUCAGAAUAUGCUGCUAUUCUUGGUUGGUAAAAUAUACCUAGUUGAAACAUCCAGAAAUAAAGGGUGACAGUCUGUACUUUUGCCUCAUAUUUGUUCUUUAAAUCAUGUUUGUAUGCUUUGUUGUUUACAGACUUUACUCUCCCAGUUCUUAUGUUGGGCACUGCCUAUCAACAAAGUCAUUACAAGUCUGUAAUCAUUUAAUGAACAUAUCACUGGUCUCAAUAAGGGUACAUUUAAAAUAUUUAUAGUAAAUCAUGCAUUCAAGUCUUGCUAUGCAAUGGUAUUUAGGUAUGUGGCUCGUGUCAAAUUGCGAACCCUCCCCACCUUUACUUCUGAAAGAUUCAUUCUCUAUGGAAUUCUCUUUUUAUACCCAAUCAUGUUACUGACCUGUUGCCAAUUGACCUAAUUAGUUGUGAGAUUAUUUUGCUGUAUUACACAAGUCUUUCAUUGCCCCUGUUGCUCCUUUUGAAACGUGUUGGCUGCAAAUUCAAAGUGGCCAUACUAUUUCAAAGAACAAUAAAACAUUUCAGUUUCA